AUAAUAAACAGAACGCCCGGUGGGCUCACUCGUUUCGCGGGUAUUCGAGAUUCUCUGACGUCGAGUCGUGACGAUUACAACCUAACCUUAAAGACAAAAUAAAAUAGAUGAUCCAGUACUGCAGGUGUAUUUGUAUAAUUGAGGUGUUGCAUUCGCGUAUAUGGGCAUCCUAUAUGUAUUUUUAGAUUACCUCAAAACCUUAAUGUCAAAUUGCCAACCGAAAGCAUAAAAAAUCGAUCAUGAACUGCAUUCAGCAGUUCCAUAAUAAAAGAGAAAAAACUACCAAUCAGUUGCCUUUGCAGUUUCCAGUUUCUAGUGGGCAACAACAUAGAAAAAAUGAAAGCAAAGAUCUUUACAGUAAUUUUGUUGAGUCAACAACACCGUAUCAAACCAUCUCUCAAAGUUCAGCAAAUACACAGUACCAAACAAAUAUACCAUAUCAAGCUGGGGAUCAGUAUCAAGCAAAUGUGCAGUAUGAAGCAAAUGCACAGUAUCAAGCCAAUUCACAGUAUCAAGCAGUUCCUUCAGGUCCAGGGGUUAUGGAGUAUCAAACAAUCUCAAAAGAUCAACAUCAAUCAAUCUUUUCAGUUAAUCAAACAGUGGAUGUUAAUGCUCUAGUGCAGCAAAGGUGGGCUGCUAUGAAAAAACUGUAUGAAAAUCCUAACAGCGUAGAGGCUAUGAACGAAAUGUACGAAGCACAGUCUAAAAUGCAAUCAUGGUUAAAAAAUAAACAGGUACCAGGUCAGUUUACUGGUAGCACUGGAGCAAAAGUACUUACAGCAGAUGAACUUAGUUCAGGAUACCAAGCUUGGGCACAUCAGGAUCAACUUUUGACAGCACAGCCAGUCACAGGGGGUAUGGGAAUGGCUUUACUUCUAAAAAUGGGUUGGAAACCUGGAGAAGGCUUAGGAAAACACAAAAAAGGUACUAUAGAGCCACUCAGUUUUAGAAUAAAACUUGACAAGAGUGGGUUGGCAUCUAACGAAGACGUUAUAGCUUCAAUGCAAAAACUUUCAAAAGUAUCAAACCCUUCUGUACCUAAUAAAGCCAACUCCAAUACAUUGCAAGGCAAACAUCCAGUUUCCCUUUUGGGAGAAUAUUGCUCUAAACGUAAAUAUGGAGCACCAAGAUAUCAAGAAUUUUGUGAAUGUGGACCAGAUAAAAAAAAAUCAUACCUUUUCAUGGUGGUAGUAAAUGGAAUUACAUAUAAGCCAGCAGUUGCAAACCCCAAUAAGAAAUUGGCCAAAGUAGAAGCUGCACAGCUUUGUUUGCAAUCGUUAGGAGUAUUACCAUAAUAAGAUCGUGAACUUUUUCUAUAUAGAAUUUAAUAAUGAUGCUGCAAGAAUAAACAGUUAACUUUUUACUUUCUCAUAGAGUAUUAAAUUGUUAAUUAUUAGUCAUUGCUUUUAUGCGUUAUGUACAUAAUUGUAAAUAUUUAAUUAUAAUAAACUCGCCAUUCUCGUUAACUUUAUAUGUAUAUAUCUAUAGAUAGUGAAUAUCAAUUUAAAGAUCGUAUUAAUUUAUUGUGAAAAAAAUGAACCAAAUAUAUAGUGGAUUUAUACAUA